AUUUCCUUCUUUUUUGUGUGUGCGCUUGGAAAUCGGAUUUUCUUGCCCUAACUUGUACUAGGAGCGCACAAAUCCAAGUAAAAAACGUUACAACUAUUUGUGCGUCUGCUCACCAUCUCUCCAACCUCCCGACGUCAGAUUCAUCGAAUCUAUCGUAGAUUCCACCCUAAAUUCUCCGAACCCACAUUAAAACAACGAUUUCUAAUUCAGACAGGGUUUGACUUUGUAAUGGCAGAACAUUGAAUCAUCCGAGUCUUGAAGCUUUUCCCCCUCAAAAAUGACAAAUCCCAUCAAAGUCAGGUUUUUUCUCUUCUUUCUUCUUUUCAUUUUCACUUCGCCACCGCUUUCGAUAGUUUUUGUAGACUCCAGCUCCGUCUCAAUCCAAAACGAGGACGGGCACGAUCAGAUUCAUCUCCACGAACCUGAUCCUAAGAGUCCGCAUGAUUUCGUUCCUCAACAAGUUUUGUUGCAUAAACUCGAAGAACUAGUUAGAAAUCUUGGUGAAAUAGUUUCUAGAUUAGAAUCAAAAUUAUCAGAGUCUUCAAAAGUUGAUCACAGGCGUAGUGUUAAAGCAAACGUUCAAGAAGCUGAAGUUAGAGACGGGGAAAGAGGGAGGGCUGUCUCGGUUACCAAAUACAGUCCCUUUUGGUCCGAGAGGUUCCAGUUCAUGUCAGCUGUGAAAUUAGAUUCUGAUGCAACAUGUAUAAACGUUUUGCCCUUUCGUGAUUACGAGGGACUUAGCAAGUAUGUUGCUGUUGGAGAUGAAAAAGGAAGGGUUUAUGUGUUUUUAAGGAAUGGGGAUGUUACUGCUGAGUUUCGCACCGAAAGCCAGUCGCCAAUUAUGGCAAUGGUUUCAUACAUGUCUGUUUUUAAGAAUGAGAGUGUUGUCGUUACCGGACAUCAUAACGGCAUGGUCUUGGUAAAUAGAGUUUACGAAGGAUCAAAUGGAGAAGAGUUGGGUUCACCUGUAAUGGAGACUGUUGGUAAAUUUGUUGCUUCCAAAGGCGGGGAAGAUGGGUUGCCGAUAACUACAUUGGAAGUUCAUCAUGUUGGGAGAAUGAGAUAUAUUUUGUCUACAGAUCUUAGUGGAAAGAUCAGGGUUUUUAGAGAAGACGGAACACUUCAUGGUUCUGCCAUGCCAACAAGUAAACCGCUCGUGUUCUUGAAGAAAAGGUCUUUGUUCUUGACGGAGACUGGUGCUGGUUCAUUGGAUUUGCGAAGCAUGAAAAUUAAGGAAUCAGAAUGCGAAGGGUUGAAUCAUUCUCUUGCUCGGAAUUAUGUCUUUGAUGCAGCUGAGCGAUCUAAAGCUUAUGGUUUUACGUCUGAUGGUGAUUUGAUUCAUGUUUUGCUGUUGAGCGAUAGUAUGAACUUCAAGUGCAGGGUUAGGUCCAAGAAAAAGUUGGAAAUGAAUGAGCCUCUUGCUUUCCUGGCUAUUAAAGGAUAUUUACUUAUCGUUGAUCCCGAAAAGGUUUUUGUGUAUAAUGUGUCUACACCGCAUUAUGUUAGGGCUGGUGCGCCGCGGUUUCUUUUCUCUGCCAUCUUGAAUGAGAUCAGGUCAUCGUUUUUAACUUACCAGGCGGUGGAUACAGAUAAAGAGAUAAGACACACGAUGCCCUUAAUAGCGAGUGAUCGUGAAAAUCUCAUUGUUCUUGGCCUCGGAGGUGAUUACAUAGGAAUGUAUCGCUCUAACCUUCCUGUUAUGAAAGGCGAAUCUAAUACGAUGCUGUGGAUCAGCCCCGUGUUACUUUUCAUACUUUUCCUAUUUGGGGCAUGGCAGUUCUUUGCGAAGAAAAAGGAAGCGCUCACAUCAUGGGGACCAGAUGACCCUUUUAGCUCUACAUCAGCUACAGAUGGGGCUCCACUAGGAUCCAACACCGGAGAUAGGUCUUUUAUAGAUUCUUCUUCAAGAGGUUCUGAUAUGUCGGACAUGAGAAGCAGUGGUCUUCGAAGUCGAAGGUAUGCAUCCCCUUCUCAAUAUCAAGGUGGAGCAACUAGUUCUUUAAGGCCGAGUUCUGUGGAUCCAAGCUCUCGACCUGCUUCCAUUGAACCCAGUUAUAGAGUGGAUCCAAGCUCUCGACCUGCUUCCAUUGAACCCAGUUAUAGAGUGGAUCCAAGCUCUAGACCUGCUUCCAUCGAACCCAAUUAUAGAGCGGAUCCAACCUCUAGGCCUGCAUCCAUCGAACCCAGUUUUAGAGCGGAUCCAAGCUCUAGAGUUGCUUCCAUCGAACCCAAUUAUAGAGCAGAUCCAAGCUCUAGAGCUGCUUCCAUCGAAUCCAAUUAUAGAGCGGAUCCAAGCUCUAGAGCUGCUUCUAUCGAACCCAGUUAUAGAGCUGCUCAAGAGCUGAAGUAUAGGGGAUCAGCCCUGGAACCUGGCUUUCCUAAACGAAGAGAAAGUUUGUUUGUGAACAGCCACAUUGUGGAUGACAACAGUUGACUGUUAAAACCAGUUUCCAUUAACUUCUGUUUCAAGGGGGAUGCUUUUAAAUUGUUCUUUGGCCUUCCAUAAGAUAUUAUGAAGCCAUUUGAGCAUGCCAUGUUGUAUUUUUAAUUUGCAUAAACAGAGAAUAAAUGCAAAAGCUUUUAUCAUUAA